GUCACAGUGAGACUUGCCUGCUCCCCUGACAGCCACCCCUCCUGCUCUCAGAAUGCUGUGUCCUUGGCUCUCCCGAGGCCCCUGCCUGGCAGCUCUGACUGUGACACUGCUGGUGCUGAGCUCUUACCCGGCUUUGGCCAGGGACACCCGACCCCGUUUCCUGGAGCAGGUUAAACAUGAGUGUCAUUUCUCCAACGGGACGCAGCGGGUGCGGUACAUGGAUAGGCUUUUCUACAACCGGGAGGAGUUCGUGCGCUUCGACAGCGACGUGGGGGAGUACAGGGCGGUGACCGAGCUGGGCCGGCCUAUAGCCAAGGACUGGAACAGCCGGCCGGACUUGCUGGAGGACAGGCGGGCAUCCGUGGACACGUACUGCAGACACAACUACGGGGUUGGUGAGAGCUUCACGGUGCAGCGGCGAGUUGUGCCGAAGGUGACCGUGUACCCUGCAAAGACCCAGCCCCUGCAGCACCACAACCUCCUGGUCUGCGCUGUGAGUGGUUUCUAUCCAGGCAACGUUGAAGUGCGGUGGUUCCGGAAUGGAGAGGAAGAGGAGGCUGGGGUCGUGUCCACGGGCCUGAUCCGUAAUGGAGACUGGACCUUCCAGACCCUGGUGAUGCUUGAGACAGUUCCCCAGAGUGGAGAGGUGUACACGUGUCAGGUGGAGCACCCGAGUGUGACCAGCCCCAUCACCGUGGAAUGGAGGGCAAAGUCUGAAUCUGCACAGAGCAAGAUGCUGAGUGGAGUCGGGGGCUUUGUGCUGGGUCUGCUCUUCCUCGGGCUGGGGCUGUUUGUCUACCGCAGGAAUCAGAAAGGGCACUCUGGACUUCAGCCCACAGGAAUCCUGAGCUGAAGUGAGGAAGGCAGCUCUCAGGAAGAACCUGUGUCCCUGAUUCUUCACAUCAGCAGGUGUUCUGGGUGGCUCUCCCUGUUCCCCAAAGAGUGUGGUUUCUCAGCAUCCGGCUCCCUCCUGGUUCAGUGACCCUGAAGAAAAUGUCCUCCCUGAUGGUGUCCUCAGCCCCUGCCCUUCACCUGGUGUCCCAGUGCUGAUGGCAAUGCCUUCUCCGUGCUGUUUGUGUGCUCCUUUCUGUUCAGCCCUUCCUGCCUCCCCUGGAUCUGAUCUCAUUUGUGCCACAUUAUUUGAUUACAUUUUUCUCUAAUAAAUAUGAAAUAAAUAUCAUCUGCUUCAUACAACUUCAAGGACAAGAAACAGAAAAGAGAGUGAGGUUUACAUCACCAUACAAUAAGUGUUCUUUCCUCUAUGAUAAGUGUGUGAAUUAAUGCAUGUGUUGAAUAGCUUGAUGUGUGCAUUUCACAUGAAUACAUGCAUAUCAACAUUAUAUGUAUGUACAAUUUUUCCUUGUCAGUUAAUUAAAAAACAAAAGAAAAGUAAAUGAAGUCUAAAUGAAUGCAUAAAAACUGGAAACAGGCUAUAGCAAUAGAAACAUACAACAAAAUUAUGUAAUGGGCACAAUGUAGCAAGUAAAUAAAAAACUUCUUGGGUAUUUGUCUAAAACAUUUUGUAACUAUAGCUGUAAAACAGUACAAAGAUCUAAAUUCUGUGAGCUUCAUUCUCAUGCUAUUAUACUAGAGUUGGAGAUGUGUAUUAGCUUUACUCUGAGUAAAAUAUGCAAGCUGGA